GAACAGUCCUGGGAUUCCUAUGGGUAGAGUGACUUCCACUCCAGUGUGCAGUCAGCGAGAGGCAGCCACACCUACCUGUCCACUGCAGAGCAGUGCAACCAAAACAAGUCAACCCAAGUCGGCCCAGUGUACCCCCAGGAUUAGGAGGACCCUGCUGAAUGCCACCCCCAGGACUCCCACUCCUUUUAAGGAGGCUCUGGCUGACAAGAAGAAUAAAAUUAAUGAUAUGCCAGAAGAUGUUGAUGGGAAGGAAGAAAACAGACUGACAUUUACCCCAGACAUCGCUCAAAUCACCCGGGGAGGAAAACAAGUAUCUGUCAAAAAGGCUCAGCCAAAGCGCAAGAUGAGAAAAUGUCUGGCAACAAGAUGGCUGUCACCAAGGAGAAAUAUAGGCUUUCCAGAGGAAAAACCAAUGGUUUUAUCACCUGAAACACCAAGUAAAUCGCUGCUGAAUGAUGCCAGUGUGCUGUUCUCUCCUCCUUCCAUCAUCAAGGAAACUCUACCAGAGGAAAUCCUGGAGGAAACAAAACCUCCAAAAAAGGAGGCCACCAAUAAGAGUUCUGUGGUAAGGAAAUCCAGUAGGAAAAUCCAGUUUGCGGAAACAGAGUCACUCAGCAAUUCAAAGAUGAAUAAAGAUUAUGUGAAGAUUGCUUGUGGAAGAACUGAUGAUCAAAUCCUCAUGAUUGAUUAUGCCAGGAGCAUAGUUAAAAGUGCUUCUUUUAUAUAGCUGACGUAAAAACACAGCAUUGUGAAAUGAAACAAGCUCUUAACAUACCGUGCAGUUUUUAUGAAUCAGCAAGAGGGAUUUGUGUUUAAGAUAAGGAUUUUCCACUGUUCUGAGAAAAUUAAAUUGUUUGUCUUCCUGAAAAUUAACAUACAGAACAUAUGGUAUCAGU